AUGUUUGUUGAAGUCCCCAUAUCUCACGUGGUGGCAAUCGUCGGGGACCCGACGUACCUGCCCUGCGACAUAUCCACGAGCGAUGAGGGCGACUCUGUCCACCUGGUGCUUUGGUACCGCGAGGACCUCGGAGCUUCUGUCUACAGCAUCGACGCCCGGGACCGGGACUUCGACAUCGCGGAGCGAUGGUCCGACGACGCGGUCUUCAGCAACCGGGCGUACUUCCGCCCAGACAAGAAGCCAGCGGAGUUGGGGGUUGAUAGGAUCCGCGAGGAGGACGCCGGCAUUUAUCGAUGUCGCGUGGACUUUCGCCUCGGACAGACCCGUAACUCCAAAGUCAAUCUAACAGUGAUAGUUCCGCCAAAAAAGGUCGUCAUUAUUGACGAGAACGGCAUCACCAGGGACAAACAGGUCGGACCGUACCUCGAGGGUGACGACCUGGAAUUACAUUGUGACGUUUACGGCGGUAAGCCGCCGCCAUCGGUAACCUGGUACCGCGGUCAUAAAUUGAUCAGCAACAAACCAGAGGUCAUGAGAGAGGGUGUGCUCCGCAGCACGAUUCUAAUAAAAAAUUUAGGACGCCGAGACGUCCAGUCUGAGCUGACAUGUAGCGCAAACAAUAAUAACAGAUCUAUACCCUUAUCUGCUACCGUCCGGAUCGACAUGACCUUCGGGCCAUUGGAUCCUCUAUCAUCGGACAAGAGAUACGACUUGGUGUGUGCUACAUCGGGUUCACGACCUCCAGCCCUGGUGACUUGGUGGCGGGAUGGCCAGCGCCUGAACGACUCAAACGAGACGACGUCCAACGACGGGAACGUGACAACAAGCGUCCUGUCAUUUGUCCCGAGUAAAAGCGACGCUGGCAGACACUUAUCGUGCCGAGCGGAAAAUCCGAUAAUGGGAAUGGGCCCAAUAGAAGACGAGUGGGUGCUGGAGAUCCAGUACAGACCAGAGACGCGGAUCCAAUUGGGAACCUCUCUGAACAGGAACGCGAUUCGCGAAGGCACCGACGUCUACUUCGACUGCCUGAUAAACGCCAAGCCGGGGGUUUAUAAGGUCGAGUGGCGGCAUGACAACCGCACUCUCCAGCACAACACCACUCUCGGUAUAAUUAUAAGCAACCAGAGCCUGGUUCUCCAGGGCGUUGAGAGGAGGAGCGCCGGGAACUACACUUGUGUCGGGUUUAACACCGAGGGCGACGGCGAGAGCAAGCCCUUCCACCUAAACGUAAUGUUCGCGCCGACGUGCAAGCCCAACCAGACGAAAAUCCACGGAGUGGCCAAGCAGGAGAAGGCCAACAUUUCCUGCCAGGUCGACGCUAAUCCCCCGGUUGUAGAAUUCCGGUGGACGUUCAACAACUCGGCGGAGAGCAUCGACGUCGCCGCUGGUCACAUCAUCAAGUCUGGCACCUCUUCCGUCGUUUCGUACACGCCCAUGACCGAGCUGGACUACGGAACGCUCCUCUGCUGGGCGAACAACGCGAUCGGGAACCAGCUGGUGCCUUGCGUCUACCACAUAAUACCCGCCGGACACCCGGACAUGGUCCACAACUGCACCACCCACAACGCCUCCACCAGCUCCUUCUCUCUGAGGUGCGCCGAGGGCUUCAACGGCGGCCUCCAGCAGUUCUUCCUCCUGGAGGUCCGGGAGAGCAACUCCCAGGAAAUCCGCGCCAACUUGACCUCCAGCACUCCCCAGUUCAGUGUCAGCCAUCUCGAGCCCGGGCUACUCUAUCAUGCCUGCGUUUACGCGUUCAAUGAAAAAGGCCGCAGCGAGCCCUUGGUCGUUCAAGCCGGCACCCUCAGGCUCCCCGAGAAGCAGUUGACUUCUGAAACAGCCGGAAAAUCAAGAGAACGACCGCGUCAUCACGUAAAAUUGACUCCAAUGCUGAGUGUGAUGAUCGGGGUGGUGGCGGCCCUGGUAAUAGUAGCAGUAAUCGUAAUGAUCGUACUGAGAAUACAAAAUGGGAACCCUGACGACCAGGGAAAGCCGCAUCUGGAAGAUCUUGACAAGAAUACAAAAGUAAUACCAAUCCAACGAGAACUUAGAUUCCGUGAGGGAUGUAAUUUACUUGUCGACGAGAAACACACUACCGGCACGUUUGGAAAAUCGCUGGAGGCCAGCGCCGGCGAACUGAGCGAGACCGACGAUAAGAAUCCUGAUAUAAUCCCCCAACAAGUUGCCACCGCUGCAGAAGAGCCCUCGGAUUACGUGAGGAAAAGGCGUCUCCAGGCGGUAUCUACUAUAGACACCUCGCCCUCUCGAAGUCUGCUGGAGCAGCCACCGCUCCAGCAACAAGCCCUUGCAGGCCAUGGGAAUUACGUCGGUUACUGUACCAUACGAAGUGGUAUGCCAUUACGUGAACUAUCCGCCUUAACGUCAAGUAAACACAAGAGCCCGAUGAUGAACAACCAAGUGUACGAAACAGGAAUGUGUACCCUGCCUCGACAGCACUGGCCAAGUCCAGGGAUUUCGCAUCACCAGUCGAUGACGAUGACUAUGAAUCCGCCUGUGUUAUACACCGGUCUCGGGGUUCUAAGGACCUGUCCCAGUGCAACGAUCCUCACGAAGGACCACGAAGCGCCGGCAUCGCGUGUGAUGGUUCCUCAGCAGAGGUGCGUGCAAACUUCCUCAGCCUCCUCGAAGGACUCCUCUGGCAUGCCAAUGGCCCAGGGCCCGGUCACCAAGAGGGAGAGCUCCGUUGAGUAA